GGGACAAUCUGUUACUCAAAUUUUUCACGACCUCGAAGUACACUGGUAGCACAAACCGUGAUGUGUUGCUGGAACGUUUUUUAAAUGCACCUCGAAAUAUAGCCCUUGACGCGAUGAGGACUUCUGCUGCUGAUCACGUGCGAGAGCGCUCUGCGCUAGCAAGUCAAUAUGCAUUACAUUGCAGCUUGGCAUACUUCAGCGCUCAAGGGCAAAAUGAAGACGUCGUUUCUCAAGCUCUUCAGGCGCUUAACCAGUCUGCUUCAUUUGUCGAGCAAGUCAAGGGUGAUAUAGAGGCCCGCUUGCUCGAUGCCCUCGAACGUCGCACCAACCAAGAACCAACACGUGGAGUAUGCGAUGCAAUUCUAGUCGUACCCCUUGAAGGCGUCUGCGCUGAAAUCGUUAAAAUCCUUGGCAAGUCCGACGGCAGGAAGUUCGUGAAAAAUCUUGCUUUGAUAGCACAUCCUGGUGCGGAAAAGUCGGCAUCUGGGACUGGGAAGGACGACAGAGCAAACUCGGACUCAGCUCGACAUCUGACCGUUGAGCCUCAGCCGUCGUCGGUCACGGACAACAGCAAAUCAACUUCCUAUCCCUCCUUGCACAAUGUCUUCACGGCAACUGUUCCGAGACCACCCUCCGAGUCCUCGGAAACCCUGUCGAAAGAUGUCGUUCAGCUUCAGGCAGCCCAGGACGGGGAAAUAGACAAUGAUUUAUUAUUGCCAGUCCUUACCGCGGAGUACAAGAAAAAAGAUGUUACUACGACAUUCAAGGCUUUGAACCAGUCUCGAAUGUAUACGGUUUCAGCACUGUAUUUUCUGAGAUCCUUGGGGAUCGUUGAUUUUCCGCUUUUUGGCCUAGUCACCUCUGGGUCUGAAGGAGCAGUAUCAAUGGCUUGGUACUCGUCCAAGCAACAAAAAAUUUUUUUAAUGGAGCGGAACCUCCAGUUAUAUGACAUAUCAGACCCGCUCCAAGUUUACGAGUUUUCUGUAGUUCUUCUUCGCAUUGCUGAACAUGGUCAGAAGCUCAAAGUGAAGCUGCAAGAAAUGCUGAGCAAAAUAGAUGAGCGAAGCAAAAUUAAAACAUUCAAGCACUGGUCUAAUUUGGCUCAGCCAAAAGAACUGUAGUAUAUCUCAAACCAUAUCUAUAGGCUUGCAUAGCAUCACUGUCACAUUUGUACAUACUCUUGUAUUUGUGGACAUGUCUGAACACCUGCAUAAAAUGUCAGAAAAUAUUAAAUA